AGCGCCUGGACCUCGAGGCGCCCCUGGCCCGUUUGGUUUCAGCGGACUUUCGUAUCGUCUCUCUGGUUGUCUGUCAUUUGGACUUCGGUAGACGUCUCUUUCCUAGACCUGGAAAUACGUUGAUCGCUGCAUCCUACAACUGCUGCGGCGCACCUCCCUUAUUCCGCGGUAUAAUUCCUCGAGCGAUACGGAACCUCCGAUCCAACUCACGAGUGUUCUUCUCCGCGAAGUUGUCGACCGUGGGCACGCGAGCAUUCCAGUUUUCAGGUGCGGGAGUCGUACAUCAGAAGAAAGCUUUGGCAUCCUUGAGCGAGCUUUGUACUCGAAUCUUUACACUCGAAUCUUGAGGACCGGAGACCAUUGAUCAACAUGGGUCUCAUUUCCCUUGCCCUCGAAUAUGGGGCCCCGUUUUUUCUCAUUACAUCGCCCAUAACAUCUUAUGCCGAUCAAAUAUACAGUAUACAUAGGAACAAGAACUCGGGAGGUUUCUCAUUGGACAUACCAUUGAUCAUGCUUGUCGCGUCUAUAUUGAAGGUCUUUUACUGGUUUGGGGCUUACUAUUCUUAUUCGCUCUUGAUACAAGCGAUCAUCAUGGUUUUCGUGCAACUCCUUCUACUCAAGGUGGCUUUGGAUAACCGACCUGCAACGGGCAUCAAGGGUGGCAUCGAACAUGCACCAUUCAGCGAACAUGAAAAUUCGGGGAGGCCGUACAACUUUUGGAAGUGGAGGAACACGAAGCCGUACUGGACCUUCCUCACCUACUUCUCCCUUGGUCUCCUCUUCAUCCACGUCUUUCUGCCGUUUAUCUCCCGCUCGGAAUCCUACAUCAACCUCCUUGGGGUUGUCGGCCUGGCGGUUGAAGCAUUCCUUCCCGUUCCUCAAGUGCUGGCCAACCAACGUUCGCGAUCUUGCAAAGGCUUCCGUCUCUCUGUACUUGCAUCAUGGAUUAUUGGUGACCUCAUGAAGAUGAGCUAUUUCUUUGGCAGCAAGCAGGUCAUCCCAUGGUCAUUCCGGAUGUGCGGUAUGUUCCAAUGCGUAUGCGACUGCUACCUGGGUAUCCAAUAUUGGAUGUUCGGAGAGGGUCCCUCAGGGGUCGCCAACAGCCCUAGGCAAAGCGGCGAUCGCUGGGAAGCCGAGGAGAAAGAUAUUCGGUUGGCCUAGAUCCAUACCCGGUCCUGCAUAUAUGCCAUUUGUUUCAUAUAGAUAAUUAUAAUCAAUUCCCCGUGAUGAUGGCGAGGCAUAAAUAGAAUUUCAUUUUGAUCAUAAUCGCUCUUUAUUGUUAAGUACUGCCGUUUCCGCUUAUGGAAGUCUCGGAGAUUUCGACAUGCUGACUUAAACCCCGCCAUUAUUACCCCACCAGCAACAAGAUCUUCGGGAAUUCAAACAACCACGACCUCCCAGAGCGCAUUGAAGUCGUCAAUUGCGUUGCGCAUUAUUCUUUUCUAGCUGUCUGAUAUACUUAUCAA